AUGAGUUAUUCCUCUGUUGUAUGGAUCGAUGAUCCAUUCUUCAUUAAACGUCAGCGUGUUCAGAUGGCAUGUUCAUUUUGUCGUCAAAGAAAAAUCCGGUGUGAUGGAAGAAGUCCUUGUGCAAAUUGUAGAAAAUAUUCUACAACUUGCAACUAUGUGAAAAUAGAAAAAUCUAAUAAAGGAAAAGCAAAAUAUAACAAUGGUGAAAAUUCUUCUGGACGCGUUAAUAUCUCUUAUACUAGAAGUCCUUCUCAUGGAAAACGUCCAAUUGAUGAGGUUUCCUCUAAUUCUUUAUCUCAAAGUUUACCUCCUGCCCUUCCAAUUAUAAGUUCUCCCGUUUCUAUUUCUAAAUCGGAACCAAAAUUACCUUCCAUCGAAGAUAGAUAUUCUCUAAUACCAAACGAAGAAACCGUUAACCAUUUAUUGGGUCUUUAUUGGGUUAACGUUCAUCCUUAUGUUCCAGUUAUUAACAAGUCAAUUUUCCUACAACAACGUGAAAAUCCCAAUGAUCCCCCUUCCCUCUUAUUACUCAACGCCAUGUUUGCCGUUGUCGCUGAGUUUUCUGAUCGUCCUUCCAUAAAAAAUGACCCGGAAACUCAUGAGAAAGGUGGCUGGAUAUUUUUUGAUAGAGCUCGUAAUUUAUUAGAUACUUUUUUGGAUGCUCCUAGAAUGUCCACCAUCGCUGCCCUUAUCUUAAUGUCAAUUUAUCUACAACAUAAUACAAGGCGUUCUGGAGUUUCUCCAGGUUAUUUUCGUAGGUGGAUGUAUAUUGGAAUGGCUAUUCGUAUGGCUUUAGAAUUAGAUUUAAAUAAAGAUUGUGAUGAUCCAAAUAUUAAUCGUUCUCACAAGGAAUUAAGAAAAAGGUUAUGGUGGUCUCUAUUUAUGGUAGACGUUUUAGUCUGCUGCGGAAUUGGUAAAGCAAGUGAUAUAGAAGAAGACGAAUGUACUAUUCCUGAACCUGAUGAAAAUGAUUUGAUAGACGAACAAGAAUUAAAAAUUAAUGGUGCUCUAAGAGAAUUUAUUCUUCAAAUCAAAUUUUCCAGAAUGCUUCACCAAUUAUUAAGACACAAUUUUUCUAAUAAAACCUCGAAUAUUUCACCAUAUAUUAAUCAAGACAAUAUUAUUGCAAAUUUCGAAGAGCAAAUUCGUGAUUGGUUCAUAUUCUUACAAAUUUCUCGUCAAUCCACAGAAUUUAUCGUCGAAAAUGUUAAUGAUUAUUCUACAACAAUGUUACAUUUACAUAUGUUGUAUAAUUCUUUUAUUAUUUUAUUACACCGUAGAUAUAUUUUAAAUCCCGAUUCUCUGUCAAAAUGCAUUCUUGCUGCUCAACAAGUGACACCUAUUGGUUCUUUAAUAAUUAGUAAUUAUUCUUCUCCUUUUAAAGGAUUUCUCAAUUGUACAACUUGGUGUUUAUUACAAGCUGGAAUGAUUCAUGCUCUAAAUAAAGUUGUAGGAAACGAAAGUAAUAGUAGAAUAGCCGAAGAACAUUAUGAAAAAAUUGUUCAACUGUUUCAAAAAUGUUCUCAAAUUACAGCUUUACAAGUAUUACAAGAUCACGCAAACACUUGUAGUUCUCAUCAAUUGUCAGUAAUGGAUGUUUGGUCUUCACCUGCUACUUCUUCAUCCGAUAAUCAAGAAAUAUAUGUUUUGACGAAUGAGACAUCAAUACCCUCUUCCUCAUUAUAUACUCACCCUUCUCUUUCUUCCACUGCUGAUACUGCUGACACUACUAUCAAUGAAGUUGAAAAUAAUUUAUAUAAUAUUCCAAAAUAUUCUAAUAUAAUUCCAUUUCAGAACUUAUCGUCAUACGGUGGACCUACCACUACUCUUCAUUUACCUUCGGCCACAAAUUCCGGUGGAUUUGAAUUUACUCAUUUAUCUCCUUUUCCAAGUCCUCACAACAGUACCAUCUCUCCUCUAUGCGGUACUACGCCGCAUGAAUCACCAAAUAUAGAUCUUGGAAGUUCUACUCAUUCACCUAAUGAAUUUGUUAAUUUAAUCACUUUUCCUGUUCUGGGAAAACCCCAAAAUUCCAAUUGCGCAGAAUUACUUAAUAAUGAAGAAAAUUGGUUUAGUAACAAUAAUCAUUCGACUCAACAUGAUACUUGGCAUCAGAAUAAACAAUUUGAUGCAAGUUAUACGCGUUUUUCAGCAGGUGUGGCAAAUGUCGAUCUUUUUUGUAAACACGAAAAUACCAGCCACAUUUCGUCAAAACAGUCAACUAAAUCGCCUUUAUUCUAUUCUGGAGGUUUUCAAAUACAUGUUUCUCCAACUACUUCGCCUUUCGAUUCACCACCACAACAAGAGAUUGAUACUGGAAUAAAUUCUUCACCUAAUAAUGAUACAAUGCCUCCAAAUGGUAAAUAUUCACAUUCACUGACAACUUCGUCAAACAACCAUGAUACUGAAACUUGUACAACUGGUUAUUUUGCUGGCAAUUUUAGUGGCUUAGGAAUCUGUUCGUAA